AUGGAGACGCCGCCGCUGCCUCCCGCAUGCACAAAGCAGGGUCACCAGAAGCCUGUCGAUUCAAAAGAUGAUAGUACUGAAAAACACUGCCCAGUGACAGUGAAUCCUUGGCACGUGAAGAAAGCUUUUAAAGUCAUGAACGAAUUAAGAAGUCAGAAUUUGCUGUGUGAUGUCACAAUUGUGGCUGAAGACAUGGAAAUCUCUGCUCACAGAGUGGUGCUGGCCGCCUGCAGCCCUUAUUUUCACGCCAUGUUUACAGGUGAGAUGAGUGAGAGCCGAGCAAAGAGAGUCCGAAUAAAAGAGGUAGAUGGCUGGACCCUGAGGAUGCUAAUCGAUUAUGUUUACACUGCAGAAAUCCAGGUUACAGAAGAAAACGUACAGGUGCUUCUUCCAGCUGCUGGUUUGUUACAGUUACAGGAUGUGAAGAAGACUUGCUGUGAAUUUUUGGAAUCUCAGCUUCACCCUGUCAACUGCUUAGGAAUCCGGGCUUUUGCUGAUAUGCAUGCAUGCACAGACCUCCUGAACAAGGCCAACACCUAUGCAGAGCAACAUUUUGCAGAUGUUGUACUUAGUGAAGAAUUUCUCAAUCUCGGCAUUGAACAAGUGUGCAGCUUAAUCUCAAGCGACAAACUUACCAUAUCCUCAGAAGAGAAGGUAUUUGAAGCAGUCAUAGCUUGGGUAAACCACGACAAGGAUGUAAGACAAGAAUUUAUGGCUCGGCUGAUGGAACAUGUACGGUUACCUUUGCUCCCUCGGGAGUAUUUAGUUCAGAGGGUGGAAGAGGAAGCACUGGUCAAGAAUAGCAGUGCUUGCAAAGAUUACCUCAUUGAAGCCAUGAAGUAUCAUUUGCUGCCAACAGAGCAGCGUAUAUUAAUGAAGAGUGUCCGGACCCGGCUGAGGACACCCAUGAACCUUCCCAAAUUGAUGGUGGUGGUUGGGGGCCAGGCACCAAAGGCCAUCAGAAGUGUGGAAUGCUAUGACUUCAAAGAAGAACGGUGGCACCAAGUAGCAGAAUUGCCUUCCAGGAGAUGCAGGGCAGGCAUGGUCUACAUGGCUGGUCUGGUUUUUGCUGUCGGUGGCUUUAACGGUUCCUUACGAGUCCGCACUGUGGAUUCCUACGACCCCGUGAAAGAUCAGUGGACCAGUGUUGCUAACAUGCGAGACCGGAGAAGCACUUUGGGGGCUGCUGUAUUAAAUGGAUUGCUGUAUGCCGUGGGAGGCUUUGAUGGGAGUACAGGUUUAGCAUCGGUGGAAGCGUAUAACAUAAAGUCUAACGAGUGGUUUCACGUGGCUCCCAUGAACACACGGAGGAGCAGUGUCGGCGUGGGUGUUGUUGGAGGUUUGCUGUAUGCCGUAGGGGGUUAUGAUGGAGCUUCCCGUCAGUGUCUCAGCACCGUCGAAUGCUAUAAUGCUACGACCAACGAGUGGGCCUAUAUAGCAGAAAUGAGUACCAGGCGGAGCGGAGCAGGUGUUGGUGUGUUAAACAAUUUAUUAUAUGCUGUAGGGGGUCAUGAUGGCCCUUUAGUACGAAAAAGUGUGGAAGUGUAUGAUCCCACCACCAAUACAUGGAGACAGGUUGCAGAUAUGAACAUGUGCAGGAGAAAUGCAGGCGUUUGUGCUGUUAAUGGUCUGUUAUAUGUAGUUGGAGGGGAUGAUGGCUCCUGUAACUUGGCAUCCGUAGAAUAUUAUAACCCAACAACUGAUAAAUGGACAGUUGUGUCAUCUUGUAUGAGCACAGGGAGAAGUUAUGCAGGAGUCACAGUUAUUGAUAAACCGUUAUGA